AUGGCUCGCCGUUCAGCACCGCCAAACGCAGGUCCUGCAUACUACGGAGCACCCACUCAACGUCGCCAGCUGAACGACCCCAAUGAGUCUGCUUUCUCUCGAUUCAUGCGCGAGGAGGUUUGGGCAGCAGAGAAGUUGCCAGGAAAUGUCAACAUCGUAACUGGUUUGGCACUUUUCUUUGGAGGAAUCUUCGCGAUCAGGACUUGGGGAGACCAGAUGAUUACAGUUUGA